AUGGCGGCCGCGGCUCCGGCUGUCGGGGGAGGCAUUCGCGUCCAGGAAGUGAGCGAUGUGAACCGCGUCGAGCGGAUUGCGGCGCAUUCUCACAUUCGCGGUUUAGGACUCACAGACGCGUUGCAGCCGCGAAAAUUCUCGCAGGGAAUGGUCGGCCAGCCUGACGCUAGAAAAGCUGCUGGCCUCGUCUGCAAACUCGUCAAGGCCGGCCGCAUCGCAGGCCGCGCGGUGCUCCUCGCCGGUCAGCCUGGCAGCGGGAAGACCGCCAUCGCCAUGGCAGUUGCCAAGGAGCUCGGAGAAUCGACGCCGUUCACGCACAUCAGCGGCAGCGAAAUUUUCAGUUUGGAAAUGUCAAAGACGGAGGCGCUUACGCAGGCCUUUCGGCGGUCUAUAAACGUCCUCAUCAAGCAGGAGGCAGAAAUCAUUGAAGGAGAGGUCGUCGAAAUCGAAAUCAACAGGCAGACCAGUGCGAAGGCAGGUCAGCCGUCUGCGCGCACUGGCCGCAUGAUGCUCAAAACCACCGAGAUGGAGACGCUCUACGACCUCGGUGCCAAAAUGAUAGAUGCACUUACAAAGGAAGGCGUCACUGCCGGGGACGUCAUCACCAUCGACAAGAGCACAGGAAAGGUGACUCGCGUCGGACGAGGUUUUUCGCGAGCGAAGGACUACGACGCGGUCGGCCCUGCGACGCGCUUUGUCCAGUGUCCAGAAGGUGAACUCCAGAAGCGAAAGGAGGUAGUGCACUCCGUCACGCUCCACGAAAUCGACGUCAUCAACAGUCGAGCCCAGGGAUUCCUCGCUCUCUUCGCGGGAGACACUGGAGAGAUCAAGAGCGAAGUGCGCGAGCAAAUCGACCAGAAGGUGGCUGACUGGAGGGCCGAAGGCAAAGCUGAAGUCGUUCCGGGCGUAUUGUUCAUCGACGAAGUUCACAUGCUCGACAUCGAAUGUUUCUCGUUCCUCAACAGAGCUCUCGAGCACGAGACUUCCCCGAUUGUCAUCAUGGCUACGAAUCGCGGCAUCACCACCAUCCGGGGAACGGACUACAAGUCGCCUCACGGCAUUCCGCUCGAUCUUCUCGACAGAUCUCUGAUUAUUCCGACUCAGCCGUACGAAGAAAAGGACAUGCUGAAAAUCAUUGAGUUGCGCGCCGAAGAAGAAGACGUGGAACUGGAGGAGAGCGCGCGUCUGCUGCUCUGUAAAAUCGCUGCUGAGUGCUCGCUGCGUUACGCUCUGCACCUCAUCACCGUCGCGAAUCUCGUCUGUCGGAAACGACGAGGCUCGGUUGUCACUGUUCAAGACAUUCGCCGCGUUUACUCUCUAUUCAUCGACGUUAAGCGAUCGACGCAGUACCUCGUGGAAUAUCAACAAGAAUUCAUGUUUUCAGAGCUGCCUGGAGGCGCACCCUCUCAGUCGCCCUCACAGGCCGUGAGGAGCGCCGGGGCCGACAGGCAAGAAGGCCUGGAGAAGACGAAGGGAAGCGACGACGGUGAACGUUUGGACGCUGCAGACGACAGUGAAAUGGCUUAA